AUGGCUGUUACUCAGAUUAACCUUGCCUUGACUACUGCACUUGUUAUUAUCCUUUUCACAAACCCAUGUGUUGGUCGAUUCUAUUGUCCUACCCAGGAAUCCCGAGCUCUUCUUUCCUUCAAAGACGCGUUGAAUGUCUCUGAUGGCAUUUUCAGCUCUUGGGUUUAUGGAAGUGAUUGUUGCUCAGAGUGGGAUGGCAUAUCAUGCAAUAAUUUCUCCUACCAUGUGGAGUGGGUGAAUUUGAGUGCUUACACCAACCAUGCAGUGCAGGGCGUGCAGAGUGGAGUCAUAUCUGGUAGUUUGUGCAACCUUCGUUUUCUCAAAUACCUCAUCCUAAAUAGCAUUGGUCUAACUGGUACUAUUCCUUCCUGUUUAGGAAAUCUCUCUCAUCUUCAUUAUCUGCAUUUGAAGAACAAUAGCUUGAGUGGAAUAUUUGCCCCCGUGAUUUGUCAGCUUACCAAUCUUAGCUCCUUAGAUGUCAGCUAUAACCAACUCAGUGGAAUAUUGCCCCCAUGUCUACAAAAUCUUUCCUUUCUUAAGUUACUAGAUAUUAACUUCAACCAAUUCGACAAGAGCCUUCAGCUUGCUGGUCUUUCCUCCCUUGAGCAGUUGUAUGCUCGUAAUUUUUCAUUACAUGAGCACAUUACAUCAUCAGUGUUGGCGUUGCCAUCCUCUUUAAAGAUUCUCUGGCUCUCCUCAAUUAGCGCUUCAGAUACAUUAUUCCAUAAUCUUGCUGGAUUAAAAUUUCUCUCUUUAUCAUAUUGUGUACUGGAUAUUAGCACAACAUGGAUUCCGCGGUUCCAGUUAGGUGGCAUAGCUAUAAGGUCAUGUAGUGUCGGUGGUCGAAUUCCCGAUUGGCUCUUCACUCAAUAUUCAUUACAAGGAUUGAUGUUAGUUGACGACAAUAUUGUUGGAGAAAUCCCAUCCUGGCUAUUCCAGAACAACGCUGAGUUGAUGCACUUAAAUCUCUCAGGAAAUCAUUUCCAUGGCAGCCUUAUUAUCCCUGAUAGAUCAGUUCGUUGGAUAACAGUGUUGGAUGUGUCUAGGAAUGCACUGACUGGAAUCGCUCCAUGUCAGCUGCCUCCACAUCUAAAACUCUUGCUGCUUAAUGACAAUGCUCUGAUCGGCUCUAUUCCUCAGAGCUUGUGCAAUUUAACUCUCCUUGUAAAAUUAGAUAUGUCAAACAACAAGUUGAAUGGAAACAUUCCAGCAUGCUUUGCCAAUUAUAAGUUUAUUCAAGUGUUAAAUUUACGAGAUAAUAGCUUGGAGGGAAGCAUACCCCAUGGGCUAUGUUGCUCCUCAUUAAUUGUAAGAAAUAAUAAGUUGAGUGGAGCCUUCCCUCCCUCAAUCACAAAUUGUAAGACCUUACAACUACUAGAUAUUGGGCACAACAACUUUUCUGGGGAUAUUCCAUGGUCAGUUGGAAAUCUAUCAGCGAUUAAAGUGUUGUCGAUGAAGGGUAACUCUUUUAGUGGCACCAUUCCUUCAAAAAUUGUCCAUCUAAAGCAGCUCCAGAUCUUAGACCUUUCAUUUAACAAUCUAUCAGGUUUUAUUCCACAGAAGAUUGCGUCUCUACAUGCAAUAAGUGUAGCAAGAGAAGAUGGUCAUGUGUUAUCUGUUUCGUUGAAGCCAUAUCAUAUAUUUUUAGGAGACAAGGGCCAUAAGUCAUAUUCCGAGCUUGCUGUUCUCGAGGCAUGGGUAUAUGAAAUUAUGUCUCGGGAUGAAUUGGACAUGAUUGUGAAAGGCUUGGAACUGCACUACCCAUAUAUUCUUUCCACACUCACAGGCAUAGAUCUCUCCAAUAAUCAAUUAAAUGGACACAUUCCUUUUGAUUUUGGAAAGUUGAAGGGAUUAAGGUUUCUUAAUCUAUCAAGGAAUAACCUCAGUGGAAUAAUUCCACCUAGUUUCGGGGAAAUGGUUCAAUUGGAGUCUUUGGAUCUUUCUACAAACAGAUUUUGUGGAAGUAUUCCUGCACAAUUUCAAUCUCUGACUUUAUUGGCAUUCUUAAAUUUGUCUAAAAACAACCUCUCAGGUAGCAUCCCGCAAGGAGGACAAAUGCUCACUUUUGAAAAUACAGCAUAUUCUGGAAAUCCAUAUUUGGAGGGAUGCCCACUUCCAACGAAAUGUUCCUGGCCAAAAUUUUCUCCUCUCCGUCCUUCUACAAAUGAUAUUCAAGAUAGAAAGGAAGAUUCUAGGAAGAAAAUAUCAUGGUAUGCGAUUGGACUAGGAUUGUCACAUGCAGCAGGUUUUUCCUGUGUGAUGUUAUUGCUUUCAGUAAGAGAGGGGUGGAGGAAGAAAUACUUUAAGUGGGUUGAUAAGAUUUUGAAGAAUCUGUUUCCUUCCAUCCGUAAUAAGAGACUAUGA